AUGCAUAGAUCCUUCCAAAGAAGGAGAAGAUCCAAAAAGGAGCACAGCGGAGGCGCAGAGGAGGUGCAGAGGAGGCACACAGAGGAGGUGCACAGAGGAGGUACAGAAAAGGCACAGAGGAGGUACAGAGGAGGCACACAGAAGAGGUACAGACAAAGACGCAGAGGAGGUGCACAGAAGACGCACAGAGGAGGUACAGAGGAGGCGCACAGAGGAGGUACAGACAAAGACGCAGAGGAGGUGCACAGAAGACGCACAGAGGAGGUACAGAGGAGGCGCACAGAGGAGGUACAGACAAAGACGCAGAGGAGGUGCACAGAAGACGCACAGAGGAGGUACAGAGGAGGCGCACAGAGGAGGUACAGACAAAGACGCAGAGGAGGUGCACAGAAGACGCACAGAGGAGGUACAGAGGAGGCGCACAGAGGAGGUACAGACAAAGACGCAGAGGAGGUGCACAGAAGACGCACAGAGGAGGUACAGAGGAGGCGCACAGAGGAGGUACAGACAAAGACGCAAAGGAGGUGCACAGAAGACGCACAGAGGAGGUACAGAGGAGGUGCACAGAGGAGGUACAGAGGAGGUACAAACAAAGGCGCAGAGGAGGUGCACAGAUGA